GUUUAACCGUUUGCCAUGGAAUCGCAUAAUGUGCGCAACACAACAUUCUGGAAAGAUUUCUUUCGCCUAUAUCGCUCCAUGCCCGAACUGUGGCUAACCACAUCGAAAGACUAUCGCAAUCGCAAGCUGAAGACCCAAUCGUACGAGCUGCUGCUGAAGCACAUGCGCACCUUUGAUCCCUCUGCCAACAUCCAUAUGCUCAAGCGGAAGAUUAACAAUCUGCGCACCUCCUAUCGGCGCGAGUUGCGCAAGGUGCUCGACAAUAAGUCGGCGUUGCGAGGGGGGCUCGAUGAGUAUCGGCCGUCGCUUUGGUAUUUCAAUGAGCUGGAGUUUCUCUACGAUCUGGAGACGGGGGAGGCGCAAACAUUGAUCGAACCGUUGCACGUUGCACGUGAACCGCAACAAGAACAACAUGCGUAUUUUAAGCAAGCCGAUAAUCAGGAUGUGGCCGAGGUGUCCCCGGGAGUGCCGACACCAGACGAGGAGCUUUUCACGAAACUCUUUCAGCCCGGCGAUGAUAUGCUGGUCAGCGAGGGCGAUGGCGAUGUGGAAGGCGUGGCAGAUGCAGAUGCUGACGACGCUGGACUGGAUGGUGAAGUGGAGUACGAAACUGUAAACGAAACGCGACACAAACUCGAUCUGAAAAUGGAAAGCAAAUAUCAGCAACAACAUUCCACCUCCAACAAUCACAACAACAACAACAACAACAACAACAGCAGCAGCAGCAGAAUCAGUGCCGGAAAACAAUCACGUUUGCAUCCUUAUCAAUCGGGACAACAGCAGCAGCAGCUGCAGGCGCAGUCAACAUCUUUGCGUCGCAGUAUUGCAUUGCCGCAAAUGCAACGACGACGUCGACGCAGCAGCACUAAUGACGGCGACGGCGACGUCGACAUCGACAUCGAUAUCGAUGAAGACAACAACAACAAUAACAGCAGCAGCAGGAGCAGCGCUAUUGCCGCAGCUGGCAAGAAGCGACGGCGCCAGAUGAUGCUAAUGGAACAGCAGUCGGCGCUGCAAUCGGAGCAAACGGAGAGCGAAUGCGAUUUGAUUGGCAAACGGAUGGCGGCACAUUUCCGCAAUAUGCGCCCCGAUCAGCGGCUCUUCGCUGAGCGCAUCAUCAGCGAGGUGCUCGUGUUUGGGCGCAUGAAUCGUCUAUCGCUCUCCGCCCGCUUUUUGCCCAACGGCGAUGUGGGUGAUGUCUAUGCCAUAUAAAGCCAAAACAACAACAAGCAACAAAUUAUUGUUCAGCAUACUGACGGAAGGGGGUUGACUGUGCGUGUGUGUGUGUGUGUGUGUGACACUGGCUUUUGCUGUAAAGCGCCAAUUAGAGCGACGACAGAAUAAAAGCAAAAGCAAUGCUCCGACUAUGUCCAGCCAGCAAAAUUGUCACAAACAAUGUCGCAACAAUUUGCCUGCCAAAUCCACACGCAACAAAUAAACCUCCAAAAUUAUAUAUAGAUUAGCUUUAAGCUACAGAUCUACUUACACUUAACAGCAUUACAAAUACAUAAUUUGGAGAAAAAACACUGAUGCUACGCUUACACGC